AUGGCGGGGCAAUCCCGUAAAUGGAUGAUUCUGAUGGCGACCAUAUGGAUCCAGGCCUUCACCGGUACCAAUUUCGACUUCUCGGCUUACUCGUCGGAGCUUAAGAAGGUUCUGGAUAUUUCUCAGAUGGAAUUGAACUACCUGGCCACCGCCUCCGACUUAGGGAAAGCGUUUGGGUGGUCGUCGGGACUGGCGCUCAUUUAUUUGCCGAUAUGGAUGGUGAUGUUCAUCGCGGCUUUCAUGGGGUUAUUCGGUUACGGGGUUCAGUGGCUCCUCAUUCGUCGUAUAAUUACUCUCCCUUAUUUUCCGGUAUUUCUACUGUGCUUAUUGGCAGGAUGUAGCAUCACCUGGUUCAAUACAUUUUGCUUUGUCCUAUGCACCCAAAACUUCCCCACAAAUCGACCUCUAGCCAUCUCUCUCACUGUAAGCUUCAAUGGCGUAAGUGCAGCUUUAUACAACCUCGCAGCCAAAGCCAUAGACCCAACCUCCUACUCCCUCUACCUUCUUCUCAACGCCUUCAUUCCCCUCUUCACCUCUUUUGCUGCCCUCAUCCCAAUUCUCAGGCAACCACCACCAAAUUCAAACCCAAUUUCAACCGAAACACUACGCCAUGAUCGAAUUAUAUUCAUCAUCUUAUUCAUCUUUGCUGUCAUCACAGGUAUCUAUCUCGUUGCCAUCCCUCCAAAUCCUGCAAAACUCUUCUUUGCUGGUGCCAUCUGCCUCCUUGUCCUCCCCUUAGGAGUCCCGGGAAUGGUUUAUGCUCGAAGUUGGUUUACACAAAAUGUAACCCCGAGAGUUAUCAAACGAACAAGCUUCAUGCUUGAUGAUGAUGAUGAUGAUGAUCUCGGGCUCCGUAAAAAGCUCAUCAAUGGUGGCCAUGAUGAUGAUGAUGAUGAUGAUAGAGAUGGUAAUGGGUGUUGGGAGAUAGUAAUAAUGAGUGACAGAUUGGUGUUUCUUGAGGAAGAGCAUGAUGCGAAGAGGCUCCUAUUUAGGAUUGAUUUUUGGUUGUAUUACUUUGCAUACUUUUGUGGUGGAACAAUCGGGCUAGUGUACAGUAACAAUCUAGGCCAGAUAGCUCAAUCUCUUGGUUUAGCUUCGACUACUUCCACACUCAUCACACUCUAUUCCUCUUUCUCUUUCUUUGGGCGCUUACUUUCAGCACUUCCAGAUUUCUUGAAAGCGAAGUUGUAUGUGGCAAGGACCGGAUGGCUAGCCAUAGCACUGGUGCCAACACCAUUGGCAUUUCUCAUGCUGUCGUUGACAGAUGCCAAGAUAGCGCUUCAAAUUGGAACUUGUCUCAUUGGUUUAAGUUCGGGUUUCAUUUUCUCAUCAGCCGUGUCGAUUACAUCAGAGCUUUUUGGACCUAAAAGUGUUGGUGUUAACCACAACAUUCUCAUCACAAACAUCCCAAUUGGUUCACUCUUUUAUGGUCUUGUUUCCGCCUUUGUUUAUGAUGGAAAUGUUCUUCUUACAACAGCAUCCGUUUGUAUGGGAAGAGACUGCUAUUUUGGUCCAAACUAUAAUGAUCAAGAGUUGAUUGGAUAG